AGGACGACGCCGCCGCCAACCCCCCCAAGGACGACCACCCGCCCCACCACCACGACCAGCAGCAGCACUACCCCCAAGAGGGUGGAAACUAUUACCAAAGGGAGGGCAACUUUGGUGGAGGCCGUGGCAGAGGCCAGGGCUACUAUGGUGGUGGUGGUGGCAGAGGAGGCCGUGGAAGGGGACGUGGGGCCGGAUCCAGUCGUGUCUUUGAGGAUGCCAACGGUCGUUUCUAUCACGACGGCUAUCAACGUGUCUACCUCACCAAUGACCGUCCAUACUAUGGCAAUGGCAACGGCAACCGCGACUACAACAAUAACAAUGGCAACGGAGGUGGCUACAACCAGGCCCCCGACUCUAACUACCGCAAUGGUGGUGAGGGCCAGAGGUACGGCAAUGAUGACAGGCAGUACAGGAGGGACAACAUGAAGUACGUUCCUAAGAGCAAGCCAUCCUCUGUGGCUGCUUCUGAUGUUGAUACCAAGUCUGAAGGCAAGGUGGAGCCUGCUGCUGUGGAGAAGCAGGAGGAAGCCCCUGCUGCUCAGAAUGUUGUUGAAGCCGUCCCUGCUUCUGAAUCUGACAAGUCUACAGGGGAUGUGCAAAAAGAUGAUUCUAAGAAGGAAGAGGGAGAGGGUGCCGAAAAGAAGCCAGAGGGAGAAGGCGCUGAUAAGGAGGGAGAUGGCGCCGAGAAGAAGGAGAAGACCAAUAAGGCCAAGUGCAUCAGUGGCUCUGUCAAGAGGAAGCUCAAGAAGCAAAAGCCUAAGAAGGAAGACUCUAAUGGCGAUGCUCCUAAUGAGACCACUGCUGAGAAAGAGCAGGAGGCUCCCAUCGAACAAGAGAAAAUUGAGAUGACCCUUGAAGAAUAUGAGAAGAUGCAAGAAAAGAAGAAGUCUCUGGAGGCCUCUAAACCUGAGGAGAGGAGGGUUGCUGCUGUAGAUUUUGAGGGUCUCCAGCUCUUGGAGAAGAAGAAGAUUGAGGAUGAUGCUAAAUUGAAGGCGGAAAAUGUUCGCAAGGCAAAGGAGGCUGCUGCAAAGGAAGCUAAACCUCGCAAGGUCAGCAUCCAGGAGUAUCUGAAGAAUGAGGAUGGUUCAGCGUACGUACCUCCGACACCACCAAGGCGCCCUCAAUAUGGUGGCGGCUACAGGGGAGGCCGUGGGAAUGGUUCUUACAAUGGCCGCAGCAGCCGUGACAACAGCUCUGAGCGCCGGGUCUACAACUCUGGCCGCGGCGAGAGUGCCAUCGUGUUCCACAACGUUGAGGCCAACGCCAACGACAGUGGCGCCCCAAGAAGGGGUGAGGGCUACAAUGGCGAGCGCCGGCAAGGCGGCUACCAGCAAGGCGGGUACAAUGGCGGCAGGGGCAACGGCAGGUACCAGGAGCGCCAGGACGGAUACAAUGGCGAGCGCCGGGAGCAGCAGCAGGGUGGCUACUACCAGGAGCGCAGGGAUGCCUACAAUGGUGAGCGCCGGGAGCAAGGCGGGUACAACAAUGGUGGUGGCCGGGGCAAUGGUGGUUACCAGGAGCGCAGGGAUGGCUACAAUGGCGACCGUCGGCAGCAAGGCGGGUACAACGGUGGCCGUGGCAAUGGAGGUUACCAGGAGAACAAUGGUGGCCGUGGCCAGGAGCGCCAGGAUGCCUACAAUGGUGAGCGCAGGCAGCAAGGCGGGUACAACAAUGGUGGUGGCCGGGGCAAUGGUGGUAACCAGGAGCGCCAGGAGGGUGGUGAGCGCAGGCAGCAAGGCGGGUACAACAAUGGCGGCGGAUACCAGCAGGGCGGCAACGACAGGCAGUGGCAAGGUCCCAGGCCAAAGCAGGACAAGGAGUUCACACCGGCCGACUUCCCGGUUCUAGGUGGCGCAUCUCAGGCGCAGUCGCAGGCCCAGGCCCAGGCCCAGCCCCAGGCCUAGAUAGGUCUUUUUUUCUUUUCUUAUUAUUGCGAGGGAGAGAAGUUUAGAGUUGAGAAGAGGAGACAGUUUUGUAACGGAGCUACUACGUGGUAUCAUGUGUUGCACUGGUUUUAUUACAAGUUUUGGUGUUUACCUGUUGA